AUGGCGGCGGCGGGGACGAGGGUGCUCUCCCAGAAGGAGGCGGACAUCCAGAUGAUGCUGGCGGCGGACGUCCACCUCGGCACCAAGAACUGCGAUUACCAGAUGGAUCGCUACGUCUUCAAGAGGAGGAGCGACGGUGUGUAGAAUGGAUUGAUUGCUCUCCGCUUGCUUCUUUACUAUGUGACUCAGCUUUUGCGAUUUUCGUCGGUCUUCCCGCGUUGGUUCUUCGGGGUCUGUUGAUGGGUUGACCUUGGAGAUUCCGGAGCUCGAAUCUGGUCGUAUCCCGCGCUUGGGUGACGUCUAGGGUUUGGUUGGGAGGCCGCCCUCGGCCAUUACACUCCCCCCUGAUCCUGUCCUCGAUCGAAAAACUCAGAACUCACCUCAUGAGAAUGCCUGAUCAAUCAUCGAGAAACACAACAAGGAUGGAGCGUACGAAUCUUCCUGAAAUUGGUGGUUGGCCGUAUAUAUUAGAAUCGUGCAGGUCUGCGGGAAUACCUUCUUUGCCAAACGAUCGUGCAGGCAAUCGAUGAGUUGCACCGGGAUGGAUGUCUGGUGAAAAGUUGAAAAAAAUAAAAAUGAAGAAGCUUUGCUCAUAUCACGCGCCAUAAUCUUGCUGGGAUUUCCAGUAACAGUCUGGAGAUCAUGUUUCUUUCACAGGUAUCUUCAUCAUCGAUCUGGGCAAGACGUGGGAGAAGCUUCAGCUGGCGGCGAGGGUCAUCGUCUCCAUCGAGAACCCUCAGGACAUCAUCGUCCAGUCCGCGAGGCCCUACGGCCAGAGGGCCGUCCUCAAGUUCGCCCAGCACACCGGCGCCCACCCCAUUGCCGGCCGCCACACGCCCGGCACCUUCACUAACCAACUUCAGACCACCUUCAGCGAGCCUCGUCUCCUCAUCCUCACUGACCCCAGAACCGACCACCAGGUUAGAUACCUCGUUGACCCCAGCCCCCUCUCCAUCGACCUCAUGCUGCUGCUGACUUGUGGUGAUUUCUUGAAUCUGCAGCCGAUCAAGGAGGGGGCCCUCGGGAACAUCCCCACCAUCGCAUUCUGCGACACGGACUCCCCCAUGCGGUAUGUGGACAUCGGCAUCCCCGCGAACAACAAGGGGAAGCACUCCAUCGGGUGCCUCUUCUGGCUCCUGGCGAGGAUGGUGCUUCAGAUGCGAGGCACCAUCCUUCCAGGGCACAAAUGGGACGUGAUGGUGAGUGGGCUCUGGUGGCCGGUUCUUGAUCAGAUGGGUCGUCGUCCUCAGACUAGAGUUUGUUUUCUUUCUAUUUAGGGCGAUGUGAUUUAUUGUUUGUUGCGGCAUUGGUGGACGACGCAGGUGGAUCUGUUCUUCUACCGGGAUCCCGAGGAGGUGAAGGAGAAGGAAGAAGAAGAGACGGCGGCGUUACCACCUCCUGAAUAUGGUGCCGUCCCGGAAUAUGCCGCCGGGCAGUUUGGACUGGCCGGCAACUGGACCCAGGAGUGGGCGGAGGUGCCAGCGGAUGCGGCGGCGGCGAUUCCACCGGUUGUUGGCGGAGCUGACUGGACUCCAACGGCGCCAGGUGGGUUUUCGUUAAUUGGAGACGAUAAUCUCUUUAAACCUCGCCAUUUCUUGCUGGGUAAUCUGUAUUAUUCUUCCUGAUGGCAGUGGCCGAUGCUGAAGGGUGGGAUUCGGCUGCCGCCCCAGUCGCAGUUGCUCCUGCCAUCGGCAAUGCUGACAGCGUUGUCCAGGCGACUGGAUGGGAAUGA